UAUUAUAAGGUUAGUUCUGCCUAUUUAUCCCUUAUUUAUAUAUUUAUUUACGUUAAUUUCCCGGAAGACCCGAACUAUUGAAUUUUUUCCAAAAAUUGGGCUUCAGUUAAUCACAGUUAAACUACUAGUUAUAACUCUAUCCAACGAAUUCCAUCACCUACAAUUAUUUUUCAGAUUUCGAACUAUAAGUUCAUAGAAAUUCUUAAUUAUCAAGAGAGUUAAGACUUUUAAAGUUGGUUUGUUAUAAAAAUGGGUAGAAGGCCAGCAAGGUGUUAUAGAUAUUGCAAAAACAAACCAUACCCAAAAUCCCGUUUCUGUAGAGGUGUCCCAGACCCUAAGAUAAGGAUUUAUGAUAUGGGUUUGAAAGGAGCGGAUGUGGACGAUUUCCCAUGCGCCGUCCAUAUCGUAUCAGGUGAAUACGAGCAAAUAUCAUCAGAAGCCCUUGAAGCUGCUAGGAUCUGUGCAAACAAGUUUAUGGUGAAAUCUGGUGGUAAGGAAUCAUUCCAUAUCAGAGUUAGAGUGCAUCCCUUCCAUGUUUUGCGUAUAAACAAAAUGCUUUCGUGCGCAGGUGCAGAUCGCCUGCAAACGGGAAUGCGCAGAGCUUUUGGAAAACCAACAGGUGUUGUAGCGAGAGUUAAUAUUGGACAAGUUUUAAUGUCAAUUAGAACAAGGGAACACUUGGUACCAAAAGCAAUAGAAGCGUUGAGAAGAGCAAAGUACAAGUUCCCAGGAAGACAAAAAAUAUUCGUUUCGAACAAAUGGGGAUUCACUCCAUUUACGAAGGAGGAAUAUUUGAAGUAUCAAUCGGAAGGAAGACUCGAAAACAAAGGAGUUCACGUCAAGUGGAUCUCAUCUCAUGGGCCGUUGACAAAGAUAUUCCCUAAUGCAGAUUCGGUUUCAGUACCUCUUGAUUCUUAAGUAUCCUUAAUACAGUUAUCUGUAAUGUUUUCCCCCAAA